GCGAGCGAGCGAGAGAGAAGAGGCUGCGCUCAGUAGGUGCUGUGCGUUACAUCGACUGGACUUGUCAGGGGGUGUUUUGGAGAUCAGAGACAGGGGAAAAGGGGUUUAAAAACCGAUCAAGCGAAAGGACAUCUCCAAAUAGCCUUUACGAACUGGACAUGGGUAUUCAUCUCGAAUUAACUGUGUUCUUCCAUAGUACGUAGUUGUGCAUUCCUGUAACAGUGAUAAUGCAAUAUUCGCCAUGGAAUUACUUUAGAACGAGCUACGGUGACGAGGGAGAAACACCCCUAUUAUAGACGACGAUUACCGCGCAAAACCUAUCGAAACGACGUUCAACAUUUGUUCGGGGAAUAAAUCCCAUCUGUUCAUUUGGUGCUUUGGCUCACCUGCAUUUACAAUGGGAAUGAAGAAGUCAGAAGGUACUUCGAGAGAGUUGUCAAAGAGGCAGCGCACCCUAGCGCAGAAAAUGAAAGAGAUGGACAAAGAGCCGAAUGAUGACAACGAUGGUCUUUUUGUGUUUGUGAGAUUUGAGGAUGGAUUUGCUGCAAAAAAUUUUUAUAUCCUUGACAUCCUGAGAGAAGAUGACAGUCCAAUAAUGAUUUGACAUCCUGAAGCCUGGACAGAAGGUGCUGGCUCGGUGGUCAGAUGGGUGGUUUUAUCGAACAACAGUGAAGUGGAUAAAGAUAACAAAUCUUCAUCCACAAAAAACUAAAAAAAGUACACACACCAGUAAGGAGAAAAGAAGAUGCAAUGACGUGGCUGCAGCCUGUUUUUAUGGUACUCAACAUCCUACCACCCAUCCCACCUAGGUUGCUGCCGACAUCCCCCCUGUAAUUACUAUGCCCCCUCAGUCCCACCUCUUAUCUGUUCCAACUAACCAGCAGUCUCUCUCCCGUCCAGUCUUAAUGACUCCCCAGUCUCACCUCCCAUGUGCUUUACCUAGCCAACAGCAUUUCUCCACUCCACUCUCAGUGGCCCCCUUGUCCCCUGAAGUUUUCAUCCCUCACAUUCCACCAGUUUUUUAACUGAACAUGGACCAACAGAAGGACAACCAACAACUGAGAAAUGUGAGUCCCAUGGAGUCCUUCUCAGGGACUAUUCUCCUCAACACCCAAAGUACCUGCUGAGAACAAGGAGGAAUCUUCACCAGUGUCAAACAGGAGAAAGCAGUCACCUCGAGAAAUGUAAUUGUCCUCAUCCGCCAACCAAAUCAUAAAUCCAGGCAGUCCACUAAGUGAAUAUAGGGACCCUAUCAAAAACACAUUCACACCAUGGCAGCCAUGUGAUUCAUGUAAAGAAGAGGUUUGGAAACUUCUGGAGGAAAAUAAAAGAAUAUGAAGGCAAUUCUCUUGAGUAUAAGCCCUGACCAAGUCAAAGCUGUGCGCGGCUUGUGUGAUGGUGUUGAACAAUAUUACAAGGAAGAAUACACUGAGACCUGUUUCAAGAAUGGUUCAGCAAGAACUUUAUCCGGACUGCAGUUUCUACAUCUCUUCUUUCCGACUUGCAGCUGUUCAUCAAGAAGCGCAAAGGGAUUGUCUGUGGUUGUUUCACUUGCUUUUUGAAGGUUUUUUUUUAUGGAAGAGGAAUGUGCCAUUUCAGUGGCUUUUGGAUACAUGGAAAGUGUCCGGAGGGUGAAAACAAGCUAAACCAUGGAAAAGUGAAUGCAAUUUUAACUUACUGUAAUGCGGUUUGCAGGCGUGGAGGGCUGUAAGGCAGAGGAAGUGGCAAAGCUGAAGAAAAACUUAAUUAAAAAGGAGCAACCCAUCUACAGCACGAGGGCCCAUGUGUUCCAGAUUGACCCCAGCACUAAGAAGAACUGGCUUCCCACUAGUAAACAUGCUGUCACUGUGUCCUUCUUCUACGACAGCACACGGAAUGUCUACCGCAUCAUCAGCCUGGACGGUACCAAGGCGAUAAUCAACAGCACAAUCAGCCCCAACAUGACCUUCACCAAGACAUCUCAGAAAUUUGGUCAGUGGGCCGACAGCAGAGCUAACACUGUUUAUGGCCUGGGCUUUUCUACUGAACACCACCUUGCCAAGUUUGCAGAGAAGUUUGCAGAGUAUAAGGAGGCAGCUCGACAAGCCAAGGAAAAAAGUCAAGAUGGAAAGAUGGAACUUGCCAACUCUCCCUCUCAGGAGUCUCCGGCCGGGGAACUUGCUUCACCUUUAACCCCCAUGACUCCUCCCACCAUGGAGAACAUCAAUGGGACAGAUGAGGCCUGUGAAAUCACACCUGAGCCCCGUUGUGAACCAUCUCACAACGCACUAUCCUUCACACACAGCCCCACCAUGACUAAGCACUGGGAGGCAGAGCUAGCAGCUCUAAAGGGCAACAAUGCUAAGCUAACCACUGCUCUGCUGGAGUCUACGGCUAAUGUGAAACAGUGGAAACAACAAUUGUCUGCCUACCAGGAGGAGGCUGAGAGAUUACACAAACGGGUCACCGAGCUAGAGUGCCAGAGCACCCAGAUCCCUGUGAUCAAAUCCCAGAAGACAGAGCUAAACCAGACCAUUGAGGAACUGGAAAACACUCUUAAGGCCAAAGAGGAGGAAAUGGAGCAGUUGAAAGACCAAGUUGAGAACACUAAUGAGCUACUGGAGCAGAGAGACUCACUGUCACAGAAACUACAUGACACAGAGUUGCAUGGACGAGUGUUGGAAGAGCAGCUACUGGGAGCUGAACAGCGAUUGGAGGAGAGUCAGGAAGAGCAGGAGAACUUUAAGAAGAGUCUGAGGAGCCUACUGGAGCUGCUGGAUGGGAAGAUCUUUGAGUUGACAGAGCUCAGGGAUAGCCUGGCCAAACUGAUGGAGGAGGGCAGCUAGACUCUUACACACCACCCCAACUGUCUAAUAAAAUGAAUUUACAAAUAUAUAGACACACUGACCCCUACUGGCAGUCAGAUGACCACACACACAAAGACACCCCAGGUGUCUUGUUUCCUUGAGGGAAUAAAACUCACAGACCUAAUGUUAGACAUACAGAAGCCUCACACUGGUUUGGGUCCCGACUUUCCAACUACCAGAGCAAAAGUAUACCCUGCUGCCAGACCAUCACGCCCACAAAACCUAGUGUUAAAGGCAUGGAACACCCUUACUGGCUGCCAGGUGUACUCUGUUUGCACCUUCUGUUUCCAAAACAACCGAAGAACCUCCUGUAGCUGCUGCCACACUGCCCUUAGCUGUUGAACAUACAAAACUGUGCCCCUUGCUGAUACUGACAACUAUGUCUCAGCCGCAACAUCUUUUGUAGACUGAUGGAAGCAACCCCUGCUGGCAGACUCAACACAAUAUGCCUAUAUAGUGUGCGUAUACAGUAGUCAGCAUGUGGCUCAGCUGGAAAAUAAUCAACAAAUCUGGUUUUACCAGCACCAUAUUCCAACACGCCAUAUUCCAACACAGGUUUUCAGAAGACAGAUUCAAAGGAUGGGCCCUCAUUUAACCACGGACACCCAGAACAGGAGCAGGAGUAAUGUCUAACACACAACUUGGUCUAGAGGCUGGGAGUUGGAGUUCUGUUUACAUUGAUAUUCAUGUUUUCUGCACUGGAAUAUGACAGAACUUUUUGGCAAUAUAAAAAUACAAUAUCACAAUUGCAUCUUCCAGAAACAUUGUCAUGCUAUAUUUAGAACUCAUCUUCACUAUAAUAUUUCUUCUUUAAUCAUCCCAUAUUUUUCCACCAGCCGAUCCCUCAAUACCUGCGUUUUGGAGAAAAAUUGCUGAAUGUUGUAAACAUUUUAGUCAGCCCUUUGUUUUUUUAUGUUUUAAACCAUACACCCUUCCUCCUGAACAAAGAACUGAGUUGCCAAGCUUGGUACGAGAGUGUUACUCCUGAAAUCCACACUGGUUAAGUAUUUAUGUGUGUGUGUGUGUGUGUGUGUGUGUGUGUGUGUGUAUGUGUGUCUGGAGAUCUGUAUUGUACACACUGAGCAAUAUCAGACAUGAUCUGGAUGACAAUAUUUCAAUUGAACUAUCAGGUUUUCAACUCAGUGGACUGACUUAGACACUAAGACUUCACCCUAAGAUGAAACCCUAUUCCUCAUAUAGGGCUUUACUUACUACAAUGUUCAGUGAAUAGAAAGACAGGAUGUUAGAAACAGUUUUAUAGUUUCUCUGUGUCACAGUUAAACAAAAUGCACAGUAUGACAUUCAAUUAUUACAUUUGUGUAGAUGUCCAUUGCACACAAGCUUUUAACGCAUCCCCUAAGUUCAAAACAUAUGGGGAACAAUUAGGGUUUACAGUCUUGCUGAAAGACUGAAGAACACAUUUUUCACAGUGCUAGCAAUGGAAUUUCAUCUAGCAAUAUUUCAGUAACUGUUUAGAUGCUAUAAGUACUUCGCUAUCUGCCAUCCAGAUGCAUAUAUUCACAUUGAAAUAUAAGGUCAUAGCUGAACACAAAUGUCAUAUGUGAAAAAGUAAGAAACAACAUAUAAUAAAUGCGUCUGUACGGCACUACAAGAGGAAUAGGGGCCAUAAAUGUGCCCUAAGACUUAGUCUCGGAGACAUGAGUACAGUUCUUUACUAUGGGCCUGAACUGCGAUGAACAUAAUUGUUCAAGACAUUGAUCUGGGGUGUAACAAAAAUGUGUGUUGAAUUUGCUAAAUUUGUAUUUUCUGCAACUCGUUUGGAUCACAAAUAAAUAAAUGUUGUAGAUAAUACACUAUGAUACUGAAAAACGCUGA